AAGAACACGAUCUGCACCCGCCCACAGUCAGGGAAAUGUUGAAGACGCUAGUAAACACUAAAGAGUAACCUUCUUUUUCUUUGUUCAGUGAGAGCGCGGGAAAAAGCAGAAGACAAGAAGCGGCACAUAACUAUUUCCUUACGGUUAAACCUUAACUCCUACCCUAACCAACUAUAAUAACCCUACCUGAACCAUUUUCAACUUGGGGUGCUAGUUUGAUUUCACCUGACCACCUGGCCAGCACCCAUAGACCCUCCCAUGACAACAAGCCAUACCUCUCCGGCUAAUAGGAAGUAGAUUCUGCCAGCCAAUGAAGCAGGGCUGUGUUCAGUUCAUUAAACGUUUUACUACGUGCCUGAACGACACGCUUCUCCCCAACUGUUCUUUGAGGGGUCUUUGCUUCUGUUUGGUGGUUGUGGCGGUGUGUUGCCCGACCGUUGAUAACAGCACAGUUUCUGCUGCGGCGUGCAAUCAAAAGUUGCACGCCGUUGUGUCCUGCUGAACACAGCCUUAACUUGAGUCCCCAGGAGGAAAGCAACUUAGGCCAACCACCCCAGAGAGGAAUGGCGAAGGAGUUUCUGCUGGAGAAUAAGCCGCUCCUAACAGAGAUUCUGUCAGCGGAACCUGACAAUAUUCUCCAGUACGCCCAUUCAAAGAAACUAGUGGAGCAGCGUGAAUACAACAUCCUCUCCCACCUGCAAUCCAGUCAGCCUCCAGAGACUACAGUCAUCAAGCUACUGGACAUGCUGAGAGAGAGAGGAGAGAAGUACUGCCAUGGUUUUGUGGCCCUCCUGCAUAAGCAAGAGAUCAUCGCAAACUUCCCCAGACUCAAAGAGCUGGACUGGACCACCUUCAAAAACCCUAGUGCCCCUGACCCACCAAGCAUCAGAGCAGGCUCCAUAAUGGGGAAUUUGCAGGAAGUAAUCAAGGCCUGCGGUUACAUCCACAAUGUCUCAGCAGUGAAGAGAGGGAAGAAGACAGGAUAUUUCAAUGCCGUUUUACAGCAAGAAGAUGAGAGCAGGAAUCUGAUCGUUUUUCAGCCGCAGCUGCAAGACCGCUUUGCCACAGCAGAGUCGCAGAACUCCAGUGAAGUUGGUGAAUGUGGUGCUCCAGCCAUCCAUAAGCAGAAACAACAAGAUGCAGAUAAUGUUUACAUACACAUCCACAUUUUCCAUCCUCAAAGAUUUACCCUUCAAAUUCAACAGCGACCUUGACGGGAGGGUCAAGGAUGUGGCUCUAGCUGACCUUCAAGAGGACAAAGAAAACACAGAAAAUGCUGUAAAACAGAAGGACCUGAGCCCCAGGACUACCUGACAUGAUGACUCCUUGCUGUCCCCAGUCCACCUGGCCGUGCUGCUGCUCCAGUUUCAACUGUUCUGCCUUAUUAUUAUUCGACCAUGCUGGUCAUUUAUGAACAUUUGAACAUCUUGGCCAUGUUCUGUUAUAAUCUCCACCCGGCACAGCCAGAAGAGGACUGGCCACCCCACAUAGCCUGGUUCCUCUCUAGGUUUCUUCCUAGGUUUUGGCCUUUCUAGGGAGUUUUUCCUAGCCACCGUGCUUCUACACCUGCAUUGCUUGCUGUUUGGGGUUUUAGGCUGGGUUUCUGUACAGCACUUUGAGAUAUCAGCUGAUGUACGAAGGGCUAUAUAAAUAAAUGUGAUUUGAUUUGAUCACCCACUUUAGACUUACUCUGUUUACCUUGUGGUGGCAGAGCAGGAGAGGCAGUUUUAAAAAUUAUUUUUCUUUUACCCCGUUUUUUUUCACCCCAAUUUCGUGGUAUCCAAUUGGUAGUUACAGUCUUGUCUCAUCGCUGUAACUCCCGUACGAACUCGGGAGAGGCGAAGGUCGAGAGUCGUGCGUCCUCCAAAACACAACCCAACCAAGCCGCACUGCUUCUUGACACAAUGCCCACUUAACCCGGAAGCCAGCCGCACCAAUGUGUCAGAGGAAACACUGUACACCUGGCGACUGUGUCAGCGUGCACUGCGCCCGGCCCACCACAGGAGUCGCUAGUGCGAGAUGGGACAAGGACAACCUUGCCGGCCAAACCCUCCCCUAACCCGGACGACCCUGGGCCAAUUGUGCGCCGCCCCAUGGGUCUCCCGGUCGCGGCCGGCUGCGACAGAGCCUGGACUCGAACCCAGAAUCUCUAGUGGCACAGCUAUUUUUAAAUGUUUUAUUAUUUCACCUUUAUUUAACCAGCUAGGCUAGUGGAGAACAAGUUGUCAUUUACAACUGUGACCUGGCCAAGAUAAAGCAAAGCAGUGCGACACAAACAACAACACAGAGUUACACAUGGAAUAAACAAACAUGCAGUCAAUAAUACAAUAGAUAAGGUCUAUAUACAGUGUGUGCAGAUGAGGUAGGAUAAGGGAGGUAAGGCAAUAAAAAUAAAUAAUAAUAAUAACAGUAUGGAGAUGAGGUAGUUGGAUGUGCUAUUUACAGAUGGGCUAUGUACAGGUGCAGUGAUCUGUGAGCUGCUCUGACAGCUGGUGCUUAAAGUCAGUGAGGGAGAUAUGAGUCUCUAGCUUCAGUGAUUUUUGCAGUUCGUUCCAGUCAUUGGCAGCAGAGAACUAGAAGGAAAGGCGGCCAAAGGAGGAAUUGGCUUUGGGGGUGACCAGUGAGAUAUACUUGCUGGAGCGCGUGCUACGAGUGGGUGCUGCUAUGGUGACCAGUGAGCUGAGAUAAGGCGGGGCUUUACCUAGCAAAGACUUAUAGAUGACCUGGAGCCAGUGGGUUUUGUCAACGAAUAUGAAGCGAGGGCCAGCCAACGAGAGCAUACUGAUCGCAGUGGUGGGUAGUAUAUGGGGCUUUGGUGACAAAACGGAUGGCGCUGUGAUCGACUGCAUCCAAUUUGCUGUGUAGAGUGUUGGAGGUUAUUUUGUAAAUGACAUCACCAAAGUCAAGGAUCGGUAGGAUAGUCAGUUUUACGAGGGUAUGUUUGGCAGCAUGAGUGAAGGAUGCUUUGUUGCGAAAUAGGAAGCCGAUUCUAGAUUUAAUUUUGGAUUGGAGAUGCUUAAUGUGAGUCUGGAAGGAGAGUUUACAGUCUAAUCAGACACCUAGGUUUUUGUAGUUGUCCACAUAUUCUAAGUCAGAACCGUCCAGAGUGGUGAUGCUGGACGGUUGGGCAGGUGUGGGCAGCAUCGGUUGAAAAGCAUGCAUUUAGUUUUUACUUGCAUUUAAGAGCAGUUUGAGACCAAGGAAGAAGAGUUGUAUGGCAUUGAAGCUCGUCUGGAGGUUAGUUAACACAGUGUCCAAAGAAGGGUGAUGCAGUGCCUUAGACCACCGCGCCUCUCAGGAGCCCAGGUCAGGGCAGUUUAUCUAACUCUUAACCUUGUGGUGGCAGAACAUGUCAGGGUCUGUUUAUCUAACUCUUAACCUUGUGGUGGCAGAACAUGUCAGGGUCCGUUUACCUAACUCUUUACUUGGCGGUGACAGGAUCAUUUGAGUUAAGUCUUUACCCUGU